GCCGUGGCGGAGCUUCGCCCGCCAGCUUUCACAGCGCAGGUGGCGGGUGCGGAGGCGGAUGCGCUCGCCGGCGCCAUUCCGAGGCGCGCGGACUGUUCCUACACGUUCUGCUACUGCGAGGAGAACGUUUGGCGGCUGUGCGCGCUCGCAUGCAUUCGAGACGCGGCCUCCUACGCGGUAUUCAUCUCCAACGAGAUGGGUCAGGUGCAGCUGUGGCAGCAACGCGUGGGAUCCCCCGAUGCAGGGAGGGUCAUCUGGGACUACCACGUGAUCUGCGUCAGUGACUGCGGGGCCGACGGCGGCGGGGACCAUCCACGACGCUACCGGGUCUUCGAUCUAGACUCGAG